UCUUCGUUAGAAUUAUUGACUAGGUACGAUAAUGUUGAGUUGGCAUCCAGGUGGCGAUCACUUUCGGUUCUAAUUUUAAACCUAAAAAAUAAUGAUUUAAAAGAAGAAAAGGAAAAAUAAACCCCCUGGUCUCGACUUAUCACCUCCCUCCUCCGGUCUCUUCCCUAUUCCCUCAUCUCCGCCUGAUGAUCUCCCUCCGUUUCCAGCAGGCGAGGCAGCAAAAUCUGUCGUCGCCUGUUAAACCACCACGGUCAUUGCGCCUCACUGAUUACAGAAUUUUGAGUUUUGACGUCGCCAUCCAUCUCUGUGUUCCGAACCACCGCGAUCAACGCCUGACUGAGAAGCUAGCUAAAUACGAAGAGAGAGGGACAGUUCAAUCGGAGUCCAAUCUUUGGCCGAUCUUCAAGCAAGGUAAGAUGCUGAAGGGAAGAGACGACUGCGACGAGACGGCGACGGCGAGGCUCAACGAUGGCGGCAGCGAGGCUCAACGACGGCGGUGGCGAUGCUCAACUGCAGCGACG